GCGUUGAAAAAACAAGGGUCCUAUCUUUCUGUCCGAUACUGUACGUGUUUCAAUGGUACAACGAAAAUGGAGUCAAACUUUGGCCAGUUAUGUUACGCUAGCUACGAAGCUUAUUUUAUGCGUGAAUGUUUCUGUGUGAACAGAGGUUCGAGCGUUAUUGCUCGUUUGAGAUUACCAGUAAUCAAUGGUGCAAACACCAGAUAACGAUAUUCUACGAAUUUUAGAUAAAUGUUGUAACCUUAUCAGCCAAAGACGGUCGAUAGAAGCGCAAAAAGCGAUAAGUUUUAUACCAACUGUUGAAGUGUACACACCUAGUUUGUGAAAUUGUAUGAGCAAUUGCUAUCCAAGUGUUGCUAAGGACUGAAUUCUUGAAAUGAUUGUCAAUUUCUCAAUUUCUCGUGUGAGAGUAAAACUUUAGUUCUGUGUACACAUGGAAAAACAAUGCGUGAUAUGAAUGAUUGACGAAUGAGCCUGAAUCGAUAUGCGAAAAGCGAGUUCUUAUUUGUGAGUGAAACUUUCUGAGGUUUUUGAAUCGAUAACGUUGAUAGAACCAUCCCAAACAGUGUUCACUGCUUUAAGCUGUCUUAAGUUGCGACUAAGAAAGAGUCAGGAAAGUAUCGCCAUAUUAUGAGUACCCCUGAUAAACUCAGGGAUGCAUGCAAUGAGAAGGUUUUUGGCGAUCAUCUAAAUAACAGGUUGCAUAAUAACUUAACUGUACAUUAAAUCUCAUAUCUAUCCAAUCUCAUCCAAUCAUGUUUUGGGUCAAAUCUAGUCAGCUGACUGUAGCUAUAUAUAGCAUGUACGUGUUUCAAUGGUACAACGAAAAUGGAGUCAAACUUUGGCCAGCUAUGUUACGCUAGUUACGAAGCUUAUUUUAUGCGUGAAUGUUUCUGUGUGAACAGAGGUUCGAGCGUUAUUGCUCGGUUGAGAUUACCAGUAAUCAAUGGUGCAAACACAAGAUAACGAUAUUCUACGAAUUUUAGAUAAAUUUUGUAACCUUAUCAGCCAAAGACGGUCGAUAGAAGAACUUAUCGCUUAAGUUUCAUACCAACUGUUGAAGUGUACACACCUAGUUUGUGAAAUUGAUACAGUACAAAACUAUCCAAUAAAAACAUCUGUACAACUGGUUCUAGAAAACUUAACUAGCCAGCGUUAAUCACGUUUUUUUAAGGACCAAAGCCUCUCGGAAAUCUUACUGAGGCUAACAUCUUGAUAGUAUACAGUAGCAACUCAUCUUUAACAAAGAAAAGAAACAUGGACCCGACCAAUAACAAUGCAUCGAACGCAACAUCAAGCGGUGGUUCCAGACCAUCAGGAAACACAGUAACCAGCAAAAGAUCCCCUUUACAAGGCGCCGCUUACCACAUUCGAUUGACGAUGAUCAUUCUUUUCCGGGCAUUCGCAUUGCACCGCCAAGGAAAGUUGCCCCAAUUUGAAUUGAAGAUGGAGGUUCCAGAUGCAGGAAAGUUCGACGACCUGGUGUUUCGCUACUCAUCGCCAACGAUACCGGAAGGUACUGUCUACAUACAAGCUAAACAUAAAUAUCCAUCCGAGAAGCCAAGGAAAUCGAAAAAAAUCCAUCCAAACCAUCCGUACACGCCAACGCGAAAAGAGCGACCAGCCAUUACGGAAGGAACGCUGCUCACGAAAUGGAACUCCAAUGGGCCAUUUUCAAUUGCUAAGUACUUCAUUUCGUACCUGGAAGGAUAUGAAAGAUCGAUCACAGGUUCGCAUACAUACCUGCUGUGCACUAAUGCAACGAUUGACAACAAAUUGAAACAAAAAUUAACAUUACGGCCACAGGACAGCAGCGAGAUACUUUCCUUUUGCGACGUCAUAGGAGCAACGUGUUACAGCUUCAGCUCUGAGGAACAAUUUCAUGCUCUGACUGAUGCAUUGCGGCAAGCAAGUCUAGAAAAGCUAGGACAGAUGCUCGUACUACAUGUUCGUUACAACACAGAAAUUAAAUCGAAUUAUUCUUCGUUAAACGUAUUCGUCGAUCUGAUUGCUGUGUGUGUCGAGGAACUAGAAGGGGGCACAGGGAAGUUUAAACUAAGCCAUCGAUUGCUAACUGCAUGUGAGACAUCAAUCAUGGGGAAGUUGCGAGCUGUUCUUAAGAAGGAAUAUGAUAGGCUUAUAAGAGCGAAGCAGUGUGACAAUAGUUGUGUUAGCUGGGAAGAGAUGCAAUUCAUGAUCGAUAAGUCCUUCUUUCAAACCAAGGGUCCUCCGACUUCCACGCACGACGAAUCAUUUUUCUUUGAUCAGGUAAAUCGUGUUAUAAAGAGAUUUUACAAAGAGUUUAUGCUUGUUUGUGGAUCCUUGAACGGGGACCAGCUACACAACAGUGUUCUAGAAAUAAUGCCACACUGGGUCGACGAUAGAAAGACAACGCAUAACAUUAUGUUCAUGCGACUGUUUGAUUCGAUGAGCUUGCCCCAGCCUAUUCCUAUGGAUUUGAACUAUUUGAAACAACAGUUUAUCAGUAUGAAAGUAAAUUAUAACUUUUCUAGAUUCCAAAUUGAAUCACAGUGUGACCUUAGUCGAUGGCAAUAUAUGUAUCGAUACAUUGUGGUUCGAUCAGAUCGACUUCAACACACUGAAUUGUACGAGUUUCUCAGUGGUAAGACCACUUAUGAACGUUACCAGUAUUAUACCACAUUGGAUAUCGUAUUGUAUUCCCUUGUUGCAUCCCAGACCGUUGCAUUGCUUCAAUGCAAUGCAUUAUUCAUACACUAUGCAGCGAGUGAUUUUGAGGAAGAUAUACGUGAUGUACUCCGUGGAUUAUUUGAGUUCUUUGCAGAAGUAGAUCCCAUCUCUUACACCAUUAUAAUGACCAUUGAGCAGUCGAAGAAAUCGAUAUUGCCAGAAAUUCAAAGAUAUGCCAAAGAAUAUAAGAUAAAGUUUAUAGUAAUCGAAGAAGUACUUAAAGCACUCCCGGAUGAAGAAUGUUUUUACGUACGUGAUCUAACCGAAAAGGCAAGACAAAAGCUGUACGCAAAAUAUUGCAAAACAACAUUAAAUCUUUUUGGAACCACGAUAUCACUGAGUGGUAUUGUAAAUGAUGAUGAUGGCUUAAGCUUCGUGUGUAAGUUCUUGUACAAUUAUUAUGAACUAGAUCACAUUAAAUAUAUCGAAUCGAAGGAACAGAACUUUGAAGCAAUCAAGCCAAGGUAUAUUUCGCGCACCGUUAAUCCAUAUGUUGGAGAAAAUGCAAAAGAUUCAGAAGUAGAGGAGAAUAAUUUUUAUUUCACUUAUAGGGUCGAAUUUCAAAAAAUAUUCCUUGACAAUAUCCGGUUCAACAGUGAUGAGUUUUCUCAAAUGGUCGCAUCGGUUUCAUCCGCAAAUGAUGAUGUACAAUAUACCAUUCCUGAUGUUUUCAAGCACCACGAUGAAACGAAAGUACAUUUGUUACUUGAUGAAGCUGGAGCAGGAAAGUCAACAUAUUUCACAUGGCUUACACAUGCUUUAUCGAUCGAUGAUCCAUCACAGUAUGUUAUUCAAAUGAAUGCUUCACAGUAUUGCACCGAUUACAAACGAUGGCAAAAAUCUGACAUUAAGUUGCUUGAUGAUACCGCCAUCGUUCGAUUUCUUUACCGUUUGAUCCAUCUUACCCAUUUUGUUCCAAACGUUUAUAGCUUUUCGAUUGAAUCAACGGAUGUGUUCCGCGACCAAGCUGAUCAUGCUGCAGAGCUAUUGACGUUAGUGAACGGAACACUUUAUGUCAACACAUGUAAAACAAAAACGUUAGAAUUAACAUUCGCACAGUUGAUCGAGCUGAAGGUUUUCCAGCAGAAGUUCAACCAAAAACAACUGAUUAUCUUAUUCGAUGGGCUUGACGAGACUGCUCCUUUCUAUAAAGAGUUCGUAGUGCAUUUCUUUAGAAGACUUGCAAGUUUGGAUGGUAUUCGAGCUCUGUUCAUCUCAACUAGACCUUACGAUUACAUGGAACAGCUAAAAAGUACAUUUUCUAACUGCAGAAUGCAUUAUCUCACGCUUUUAUCACAGCACGAUCAGCUGCAAUUUGUUCACAAUUAUUUGAUGCAGGAACUAGAAGGUUAUAAACAAUGCGACUCGAGUAAGCGGGAUAAGGUUUUAGGUUACCUUUAUCGCCAGAUAGUAGAAUAUUUAGGAAAUUUGAAGCGUAUACCUUUAUUUCUUAACAUGGCAUGCAUUAUAAAUCUACCAAUAGCACAAAAAAACAUGGACUUAAGACGUUUUACUAUUCCAGAAGCGAUGUUAUAUAAAGCAAAUGUAGAUCUUUUAUCACUUAUCGAAAAUUUCAUCAAUCAAAAACUAAGAAUUUUAUGCAGUCACAAAAAUGGAUUACCGGAAUACAUCUUAGACUACCCUCACCAAAAGGCAAUAAACGAAAAGUUUUGGGACAAAAUUAAAAAACGACACAUUUUAUUAGCCAUGGUGGUAAUGUUUGACCAAAAGCAAAGAGAGGUACUUUUGACAUCAAAUGAAACCAUCCAAAUAAAUAAAUUCAUAAAAGAAGUACGCGAGGGCAUUGAAAAAACAGGAAUCAUCAAACAAAUUCAUGAUGAAACUCCUCAGUUUACUCAUCGAAUAUUUGCUGAGUACUUUGCGGCUUGUUGGAUGAACGAUAACAAGAACCGCAUGAGAAGCGAGAGUUUCUUCCAUUCGUGGUCAUAUUGGAAACCUCAACUGCAUCAAAUGCGUGACUUGUUCAAUCGAAUCGUUCUUAGAGUAAGCAAAGAAAAUGAUCUUCACAUGGCUGUUGUAAAUCAAUCCCUUGGUCUAGUUCGCGAGAUACUGACAAAUAAUCCAUCAGCUGCAUUGGUGAAAGAUGCUGUGGGUCGAUUGCCUCUACACUUGGCAGUUACGUACCCAUCUAGUCAAAUGGAAAACUUGUUCCUCGAUAAGAUGUCUAUUAAGGCCAUUAACACAACAGAUGAUCUGUUUGGAUGGAGUGCCUUGGAUUACGCAUUCGCCAAACGAUACGAUAGUACAGUCCCAAGAGUAUUAUCAACUGGAGCGACAGUCAACGAACAGAUACUUCUUCAACAGAUACUUUCUAACAACUUGCGUCAUAUCUUGACUGGCAUAGGGUAUUAUGGCGAAUGGCUUCAGUCAAACGAAAGCUCCAAACUAAUUGCAAACCGUCUUAACAUUCGAGUUGUCGAUUAUUUACUCAACGAACAGCACAUUGACAUCUUUUCUCGUCUCGAAGAACUAGAUUCUAAAACAGUGCUUGAGUUUUGCAUCGCUAAAGAUUUCCUGGAAGUAUUCAAACAAUUUGUAUUGCAAAUCAACGUUCAUUCUAAGCUUUCGGAGCAAGACUUUACUCGCUUCUUCAAGAUAGCAUUCGAAAACAAUGCUCACAAAAUAAUAGUUCAUUUUAUCGAAGAUCGUGACAUUCCUCUACCUCAAAUGAACAACAUCGCUGGGCUUAUUUCUGCUCUCAAAUAUACCAUACAAAACAACAAGCUUACCUCAUUCAAAGCCAUCUUUCAACAACUCUGCAUCCAACAAAAUAUUGCUAUGAACGAGGUAGCUGAUAUUCCUGACGACUAUUGUGUUCCAAUCAUUCCACCACUGAACGACAAUCUUUCUCCUGAGGUAUGCUGUGUACUGUCCUCUAACAACGUUCGAUUACCGUUGCCUGAAUAUGAUGCAAAUGAUAUCCUGCAUGAUGUAUACGUUCUGGAAGCUCUUCUGGCUGAUUCAGUUCACGAAGGGAACGUCUUCAUGCUCAGAUACAUUCAUCUCAAGACCAAUAUGACCAUCACCAACAGACUCAUCGCAAUGACCAUGAGAUUACUUCCGAAAGGUAAAAACGUUUGUCACAAGAAAUCGAUGCCUGCAUUCAUGUAUCUUCUCAACCAUACAACAGAUCCGGACAGUGUGGAUGAUGAGGGUCGAAAUCUUCUCCACAUGACUGUUCAAAAUGGAUGUUUCUUCAUGAUACAUUGUUUGACUUCUAAGGGAUUUGACCCGGCUACAGCAAACGCAUCAAAUGGCUGGAAUGUGUUUCAUUACAUUGUUUUGAAUGAGGAAGAGAAUCGCUCUGGUAAAAUCUUGGAGUAUUUGUUGAAACAUUGCAACAUGGUUUGGUUUGAUUUGUUGGAUAACAUGCUACACAGGAACGACCGUGAGGUAACAGAUAGUUUCUCCAUUCAAAAUGCUGGAGCUCAAUACACAACAAAUACGAUCCGGUUAACCAAAAACCAUUACGGCUUGCUGGCAAUGAUGUUUUUGCUUGACAAACAGAAUGCAGCCAAGGUGUUGAAUGACCAUCAAAAACAGGAAGCUUUGGAAUGUAUGAAACUCAUAGUUGAGAGCAAUGAAAAGACUAUGUUCAUCAAAGAAGUUCGAAAUGACAUUCCUCAGUUUACUCAUCAAAUACUUGCUGAGUACUUUGCAGCUUGUUGGAUGUAUGGUAACAAGAACCGCAUGAGAAACGAGAGCUUCUUCCAUUCGUGGGCAUAUUGGAAAGGUGAAUUGUAUCAAAUACGUGACUUGUUCAAUCGAAUUAUUCUUAGAGAAAGCAAAGAACAUGAUCUUCACAUGGCUGUUGUAAAUCAAUCAUAUGAUCUAGUAGACGAGAUACUGACAAAUAAUCCAUCAGCUGCAUUGGUGAAAGAUGCUGUGGGUCGAUUGCCUCUUCAUUUCGCAAUUGCGUACCCAUCAUUGAAAAUAGAAAUUUUGUCGCUCGAUAAGAUGUCCGUUCAGUCCAUUAACACAACAGACCAUCUGUUUGGAUGGAGUGCCUUGGAUUACGCAUUCGCCGAACGAUACAAGAGUACAGUCGCAAGAGUAUUAUCAACUGGAGCGACAGUCAACGAACAGAUACUUCUUCAACAGAUACUUUCUAACAACUUGCGUUCAUUGUUGUAUGGGCUACAUUAUUAUGGAGAAUAUCUUCAUUCAAACGAAAGCUCCAAACCAAUUGCAAAUCGUCUUAACAUUCGUGUUGUUGAUUAUUUACUCAACGAACAGCACAUUGACAUCUUCUCUCGUUUCGAAGAAAUAGAUUCUAAAACAGUGCUUGAAUUUUGCAUCGCUAAAGAUUUCCUGGAAGUAUUCAAACAAUUUGUAUUGCAAAUCAACGUUCAUUCUAAGCUUUCGGAGCAAGACUUUACUCGCUUCUUCAAGAUAGCAUUCGAAAACAAUGCUCACAAAAUAAUAGUUCAUUUUAUCGAAGAUCGUGACAUUCCUGUACCUCAAAUGAACAACAUCGUUGGGCUUAUUUCUGCUCUCAAAUAUACCAUACAAAACAACAAGCUAACCUCAUUCAAAGCUAUCUUUCAACAACUCUGUAUCCAACAAAACAUUCCUAUGAACGAGGAAACUGAUAUUCCCGACGACUAUUGUGUUCCAAUCAUUCCACCACUGAACGACAAUCUUUCUCCUGAGGUAUGUUGUGUACUCUCAUCUAACAACGUUCGAUUAUCGUUGCCUGAAUAUGAUGCAAAAGAUAUCCUGCAUGAUGGAUAUGUUCUGGAAGCUGUUCUGGCUUAUUCAGUUCACGAAGGAAACGUCUCUAUGCUCAGAUACAUUCAUCUCAAGACCAAUAUGACCAUCACCAACAGACUCAUCGCAAUGACCAUGAGAUUACUUCCGAAAGGUAAAAACGUUUGUCACAAGAAAUCGAUGCCUGCAUUCAUGUAUCUUCUCGAUCAUACAACAGAUCCGGACAGUGUAGAUGAUGAGGGUCGAAAUCUGCUCCACAUGACUGCUCAAAAUGGUUGUUUCUUCAUGAUGCAUUGUUUGACUUCUAAGGGAUUUGACCCGGCUACAGUAAACGCAUCAAAUGACUGGAACGUGUUUCAUUACAUUGUUUUAAAUGAGGAAGAGAAUCGUUCAGGUGAAAUCUUAGAGUAUUUGUUGAAACAUUGCAAUAUGGUUUGGUUUGAUUUGUUGGAUAACAUGCUACACAGAAACGACCGUGAGAUGACUAAGAACUACUCCAUUCAUAUUGCUGGAGCUCAAGACACAACAAAUACGAUCCGGUUAACCAAAAACCAAUACGGCUUGCUGGCAAUGAUGUUUUUGCUUGACAAACAGAAUGCAGCCAAGGUGUUGAAUGACCAUGAAAAACAGGAAGCUUUGGAAUGUAUGAAACUCAUAGCUGAGAGCAAUGAAAAGACUAUGUUCAUCAAAGUAGUUCGAAAUGACAUUCCUCAGUUUACUCAUCGAAUAUUUGCUGAGUACUUUGCGGCUUGUUGGAUGAACGAUAACAAGAACCGCAUGAGAAGCGAGAGUUUCUUCCAUUCGUGGUCAUAUUGGAAACCUCAACUGCAUCAAAUGCGUGACUUGUUCAAUCGAAUCGUUCUUAGAGUAAGCAAAGAAAAUGAUCUUCACAUGGCUGUUGUAAAUCAAUCCCUUGGUCUAGUUCGCGAGAUACUGACAAAUAAUCCAUCAGCUGCAUUGGUGAAAGAUGCUGUGGGUCGAUUGCCUCUACACUUGGCAGUUACGUACCCAUCUAGUCAAAUGGAAAACUUGUUCCUCGAUAAGAUGUCUAUUAAGGCCAUUAACACAACAGAUGAUCUGUUUGGAUGGAGUGCCUUGGAUUACGCAUUCGCCAAACGAUACGAUAGUACAGUCCCAAGAGUAUUAUCAACUGGAGCGACAGUCAACGAACAGAUACUUCUUUCAACAGAUACUUUCUAA